AUGGCCUCGCCGCGCCACGGCCAGCCGGGGCGCGCGAGGCAGAUGCGUCUGGCGGCGAUGCGGCUGGUGGGGGCGCUGAGGACGCCCGUCGUGUGCGAGGCGGGGAUCGCGCUGCCUGGGGAGGUGAGCUGGGGCUGGACGGGCGUGGACAAGGAACAGGCGAGAGAUCCCCUGCAAGCGUUGAGGGUGCCACAGACCGCCAUGGGCAAGGGCCUGGGCUCCGGGGGCUCUGCCACGCUGCAGAGGUCGAAGCUGGACCUCAGGAAGGAAGUCAAGACGGUUGAGCCGAAGGUGGAUAAUGCCGGAGGCGGCGGAGGGAUUGGCAAGUCCGUGUUCAAUGGGGGUGGUGGCGACGGAGACGAUGGGGACGAUGACGACGACUACUUCGACGAUGGAGAGGAUGGGGAUGACGGGGACGGGGAUGGUUUCUUCCGAAAGACUGUGCCGCACCUUUACGACCGGGUGUCGAUAUCAGCUGUGCUGGAGGAGUGGUACAGGUCGUUUGCAGACCUGCCGCUCAUCCUGCGGAGGGCAGUGGAGAUGGGGCUGUUCAGCUCCGCCCAGCUCGUCCGGUUCUGCUCCAUGGAUGUGCGGCCGAACAUGGCACGGACAAUGUCCAGGAGGCUGCCAGCAGCGAUGUCCCGAUCAUUUGUUGGGCGCCUAAUGGCAGACCCAGCUUUUGCCCAGAAGCUUGCGCUGGAGAAUUUUCUGGCCUUUGGUGCCAGCCUGGCAUACGAGAUGCGAGCACGAAGGGAACAUUUCAGGGAUGAGCUCGACUUUGUGGCCAUCAAUACAUUGAGCCUCAUGGCUGCCACCUCUGCCAUUGUAUGGUUUCUUGCUCCAAGCCGAUCCUAUGGCUCGUUGAAGAGGUUCCCUUGGCAGAACAUGCUGGACGGGCUGCCCAACAAUGUGUUCGACGCAUCUGGCCCCCUGCGCAAUUACACUGGCCAGAGCCGCGUCGCCAGCCUCUUUGCAAAGUUUGCACAGCUGAGUGGAGUGGGGGCCAUUACUGGGUUUGCAACGUCAGGCCUUUCUCGACUGGCGCUUGCAUUCCGCAGGAACAAGAAACCUGCUUUCACGCCUUCUGUGCCCAUUCCUGGCCUGGAACAGAACAUGCUGGGGAUGUGUGCAUUUGUUGGCUUGCAUGCUCACCUGCGUUAUCAGACUAUCGGUGGGAUUGACCGCUACUUGUUCGACCACAGCUCGUUUCUCUGGUCGUACAUUGCGGCCAGUCUGUUGUUCAGGGUGGCCAAUGUGUCGAUAGGGGAAGCUUCACGACCAUGGUUUCAGGGUACACGUUUGACAUCCUCAAGUCCGACAGUUAGCUCACGCUUGAACGCACCAUCGUUGCAGAUGGAAGAGAUGCAACAGCCAAUUGUUGCUGAGCCCAGUGCUGCAUCGUCGGGUGCAAAGUCGAAAAAGAGGAAGGCAAAGGGCUUUGAAAUGUCUUUAGUGAGCACGGGUCGAUGA